GCAGCGGGGUCAGGGAAGGAGAGAUUAAAUAGUACAACGUAAAAGAGGUAGAUAUCCGAGCCACGGCAUUGACCGAGGAGAGGCAGGCCACAGGGAACCGGGGGGGGGAAGAUAUAGGGGGUGGCGCCUGACGGAGGGAGGUAGUAGCUAGGCAGGGAGGGGGAGUCCCAGCAGAGCUCACAUUGAGCGGAAUAAGGAAGCGGCGUUAAACCGGGGACCCCCGCCCAGGACCCGACGGCCAGCACCUGAGAGCCUCCAGCGAGCCUGACAGGCUGCACGAUGGCUCCGUUCCUGCGUAUCUCUUUUAUCGCCUAUGAACUUGGCCCUGUGCCAAAUCAGUCUGAGAUAUUGCAGCCCUUUUGUGCGGUGAAGGUGAAGGAGUCACUCACCACAGAGAGAGGUAAAACUUUAGUGCAGAAGAAGCCCACCAUGUAUCCAGACUGGAAGUCCGCAUUUGACGCUCAUAUCCAUGAGGGUCGGGUGAUACAGAUAGUGUUGAUGAAGGCACCUGAGGACCCCCUGUCUGAGGCCACUGUGGGGGUCUCCGUUCUGGCUGAACAAUGCAAGAAGGGGAAUGGCAAAUCCGAGUUCUGGCUUGAUCUGCAGCCUCAGGCCAAAGUACUGGUGUCGGUGCAGUACUUCUUGGAAGACUCAGAUUGUAAGCAGUCAGUCAGAGAUGAUGAGGGCCUCGUGACAAUAAACAGAAGAAGAGGAGCCAUCAAACAGGCCAAAAUACACUACGUCAAGAACCAUGAGUUUAUCGCCAUAUUUUUUAAUCAGCCAACCUUCUGCUCUGUCUGCAAGGAUUUUGUAUGGGGCUUGAACAAGCAGGGCUACAAAUGUAGACAAUGCAAUGCCGCGAUACACAAGAAAUGCAUCGACAAGAUCAUUGGCAGGUGUACAGGCACCGCUACAAACAGCCGGGACACCAUGUUCCAGAAGGAACGCUUUAACAUCGAUAUGCCUCACAGAUUCAAAGUUUACAAUUACAAGAGCCCCACCUUUUGCGAUCAUUGUGGUAGCUUGUUGUGGGGCCUGGUGAAGCAAGGGUUAAAAUGUGAUGAGUGUGGCAUGAACGUUCAUCACAGGUGUCAGAAAAAAGUUGCCAACUUAUGCGGCAUCAAUCAGAAGCUUCUAGCGGAGGCGCUGAAUCAAGUCAGCAUGAAAUCAAGCAGAAAAUCUGAUUCAGGCUUGGAGAACUGUGCUAUAUACCAAGGUGUGCUUCCAAAGCCAGGAGCGACUGGAGCCGAUGCUAUUGAUCAUCAGUACGGUAAGUUGUGGGAGGGGAGCACCCCUCAGCCUUCGAUGCGUGUUUCCAGCCUGAGCAACCGAUUAACUGUAGAGAAGUUUACAUUCCAUAAAGUCCUCGGAAAAGGCAGCUUUGGCAAGGUGCUUCUGGCUGAACUCAAAGGCAAGAAUGAGUUCUUUGCAGUGAAAGUGUUGAAGAAGGAUGUGGUCCUGAUUGAUGAUGAUAUAGAAUGCACUAUGGUGGAGAAACGUGUGCUGGCGUUGGCCUGGGAGAACCCUUUCCUCACCCAUACCUACUGCACGUUCCAGACUAAGGAACAUCUCUUUUUUGUUAUGGAGUUUCUAAACGGUGGAGACUUGAUGUUUCACAUACAAGACAAGGGCCGCUUUGAUCUCUACAGAGCCACGUUCUAUGCAGCUGAAAUAGUCUGUGGGUUACAGUUCCUUCACACCAAGGGUAUAAUCUACAGAGAUCUGAAACUGGACAAUGUGAUGUUGGACAGAGAAGGUCACAUCAAGAUUGCAGACUUUGGCAUGUGCAAAGAAAAUGUAUUUGGAGACAGUAAGGCCAGCACUUUUUGUGGGACCCCGGACUAUAUUGCACCAGAGAUCUUGCAAGGGCUGAAGUACACGUUCUCUGUAGACUGGUGGUCCUUUGGAGUUCUGCUGUAUGAGAUGUUGAUUGGACAGUCCCCCUUCCAUGGGGAUGAUGAGGAUGAGCUCUUUGAGUCUAUUCGCGUGGACACACCUCACUUUCCACGUUGGAUCACAAAGGAAUCAAAAGACAUCCUGGAAAAGUUUUUUGAAAGGGACCCUCAAAAGAGAUUAGGGGUAACUGGAAAUAUCAAAUUACACCCAUUUUUCAAGACCAUCAAUUGGACUGCACUGGAAAAGAAGGAGCUGGAACCUCCCUUCAAACCUAAAGUGAAAUCUCCAGGCGACUAUACAAACUUUGACCGCGAGUUUCUGAGUGAAAAGCCACGAUUAUCCUACUGUGACAAAAACCUCAUAGAUUCUAUAGACCAGUCUGCAUUUCAUGGCUUCUCCUUUAUUAACCCCAAGAUGGACCGGCUUCUGGAAAAAUAAUGGUUUUCGCCCCCCUUUUACCUCCGAGCUGGAGAUACACACCAGAUGGAGGACCGACCUGUAUUCAGAAUUGCCUCAUUGCGGUCACAGGUUCCUUUAUCAUGUAACAAUUUCACUCCCUGUAAUACCAGUGAUUGCUAGGCUGGCUGCAAGUGGUGCCUGUUUUUAGAACUUUAACCUUUUGAGUGCCAAAAGGGUGUGAACACUGCUUUGUGUACUGCAUUGCUCAAAAGGUUAACACUCCCUUAUAAAAGAAUCCGCUGUAGUGAUACCCCUCACUGGUUACUUGAAUGUAGUUUGUUUGUCAAAGAACACAAUUAUAAAUAUAUAUAGAAUAUAUAGAAUUUGCUGUAUAUAUCGCUAAAGAGAAUUAACAGCUAGGGGAGGGUGGGGGAAGAAUUGACUAUGAUAUAUUUUUUACAGUCCACGCCGACAUUGUUCUUAAAAAUAAAUGAAUUUUCCCAAAUGCCAA